ACCCGCUGUACGCGAGAGGGAGGCAAUGAGGUGUCCGGAAGUCCUGCGGAGGGCGGUGCCCUCAGAGCCCAGGCCGCCUGCUGUCGCCGGAGUGUUUCGCGUCCGCUCCCGUUGGUUUCCGCCGUACAAGACGCGUCAGCUCGCGCAAGGCUGCUGCGCCUGGGGCGCACACCGUGCAUCCUCCCGGCUCUGCGGGCCGAGACUGCGGGGCCCCCACGCCGGCGCGGAGGGUGACGUCACACAGCGACGUUCCAACGCGUCUGCACCCCACCUGCGAGUUGUUAAAAACCAUCGGUGGAGAAGGUUAAAAAGCGUUCUUCUCCUUUCCGCAGAAGCCCGUGCGCAGGGAGGAAGCCCGAAAUCCUUGUGGAUCCAAGAAACUAUGGACCCUGGAAAUGUCGACAUUGGAAAGUACUCAGAGAAUAUGCCAAUUGACACCAGCAUGUCUUCCUUCAGACAGUUUGAACCCCUUUGCAAAUUUCAUCAGACAGAAGCAUUUAAUAAUGAACUUGUAACAUUUCAAAAUCUGCCAGAAGGCUUACCUUAUACGGAGGAGCCAGAAUUUCAAUGUCAUGUAUGUAAUUAUGCAGAAGACACCUAUAUACAGGAAGAUUCGUUUAAGGAAGAAAAUUCAAUGGGAACUAGCACUUCCACUAAUAAAGAUCAGCUUGUUCUUGAGUGUGUCAGACAACCCAGAAGCCCACCUCUGAUCCACUGCAAUGGAGAGACCCUGGAAUUCAUGGAAAUGUCGCUGGCUAAUAGUUCUGCCAUGGAAUCUGCCUGCGACGCUGGUCAGCCUCACAGCUUCUUAUGUGAAGAAAAUGAACACAGUGAUUUUGAACAACCAUCUUACGAAGAGAAUAGCGUUAAUCUGCUCGAUGUGAGAGCUAAUUAUGAAACAGAGGAGAUUGCAGGUUCUUCUAAAGGAAUGGAGAAUUCUACUGAUAUUCCGGAGAUGUCAGUUAGGCAGCAGAAGGAAGUCGCAGUGGAGGUCAGAGAGUGUCCAGAGAUUGUCUCAGUUAGGUCUCCUGGAGGCAUGUCUUGGAGUGGUGAGGCAUCGUGGGAGAACUGCAUGAUGUCCAACACAGAGCAGAGCUUGGAGAGCUCACCACCUCUAGAAGAGGAGGACAUGGCUUUAAAUGAAGCCCUGCGGAAAUUAAGACGUACUAACAGAGAACAGCACGCUCUGAUCCAGGACCUCCGGCGUAGCAACGUGUAUUUAGAGAAGAAGGUUGAAGAGCUACAGAUGAAGGCUGCGAACCAGCAGGUGUCUGUGGACAUCAUCAAUAAGCUCAAGGAGGACGUGGAAAAAUUAAUUGAAGACAAAUACAGAGUCAUGCUGGAGCGGAUUGACACGGAGAAGACGUUGCAGAAUUUGCACGAGAUUUUAGCUAACACACAAAAACAUCUUCAGGAAUCGAGGAUUGAAAAGGAAACCUUACAGCUGGAGCUGAAGAAGACGAAGGGCAGUUAUGUCAGUCUACAGGAACGGUACCUGACUGAAAUCCAGCAGAAAAACGAAGCUGCACAUCAGUGUAUAGCAAUGGACAGAGCCUUAAGCCAGAAGGAAGAAGAGGUAGAGAGGCUGCAGCUGCUCAAAGGAGACUUGGAAAAGGCCAUCAUUUCUGCACUGGGUUUGUUGAAAAGGGAAAAAGAGAACCGAGAACAAGAGUUCCUGUCUUUACAGGAGGAAUUUCAAAAACACGAAAAGGCAAACCUGGAUGAAAGACAGAAACUGAAAUCAGAGCUUGAUAAAGUGGUUGCUCAAGUUCAGAAUUUGCAGUUCAUAUCCGACAGUGAAAAGGCUAAGAAUACAAAACUUCAGCAGCAGAUAAACGAAGUGAAAAAUGAAAAUGCAAAACUUCAGCAGCAGGUUGCCAGGAGCACGGAGCAAAGUUAUGACCCCAACAUUGAGGUGGCUCAGCUCACGGAGCACUUAGAAGAAAUAAUUGAGUCAGAUAUGGCAAAGGAUGCAAAGAUGGUACAUUCUGAUUUGUUCUGGAAUCACUCGCCCUGUGAAGAGGAGAGCCAAAAUCCCCCAGAUGGGAAAAGAGCUUCUCAGCUGACCUCAAAAAUUUGCAAUCUUCUGGCUCUGAUGAUAGGACUUCUCACGUGCCAGGACCUCACCAAGCCCGAUGCCGAACAUUUCAAAGAGAGUGAGGAAGUUAGUGAUAUUAUGCUACAGAAAUUGAAGAGUUUUCAUCUUAAAAAGAACCUUUUAGAUAAAGAGUUACUGAAGCACAAAGAGAGAAUCACAACUUUCAGAGAGUUAAUUGCUAAUGAAAAAUCCUUUCAAGAUCAGGUUACUGAGGUUACAGACGUUGAUUCAAGUGAAGCCAAGGAUGUCGGAGAUGUGCCUGUCUCACUGGGAGCCAAACUGGAUCAGUACCACAGUCUGAACAAAGAGCUCGACUUCUUGAGAAACCAAAUAAUCCAUGAGGGAGAGUUCUUCACCGAAGAAUUUAAGCUGUUAAAAGCCAAAGAAAAGAUACCUGUAGAAAAUUGCGUUUUGCAUCCAUGAAUAAAAUAGGGAAUAUAGACAGCUUAUAGUUGGCUACUAAAACUUCUAUGUUCGAGACUCAUGGGAAGAGUUCCUGCUGUGACGCAGCGGGAUUGGCGGCCUCGUGGGAGUGCAGGGAUGCAGGUUCGAUCCCUGGCCUGGCACAGUGGGUUAGAGAUCCAGCGUUGCCACAGCUGUGACUCAGAUCUGGUCCCUGCCCCGGGAACUCCAUAUGCUGGGAGGCGGCCAAAGAAAAAGGAAAAGAAGACUCACAGGAAACAGAGGAGCCCUCUCAUCAACUUCAGCCCCACUGACGGUGAGAGGGUCCCUCAGCAGGCUGUGAACCACCCAGUCUGAAAGCAGUCGUCUAGACCACACCACCAGCUGACAGGAUAAAGAACAUUUUAAGUUGAACGUGAAAAAAAUCCAGAACCUGAAAAGUUCUCAUCCAUAAACAAUUGACACAGAAAGGGAGACAAGGGAGGUUCUAGACUCAGAGGGAUUGGAGCCUUGAGACGAAUCAAGCGGAUGCACUGUGUGUGGAGCCCGUUUUGAACACACCCACUGUACAGACAGAUUCCUGAGGUGACCGCCUGGGGCUGGACAGUAUCGAGAGUUUACUGUUGAUUUUAGCAGACGUGAUCCUGUCAUCACUGUGGUUUUAAAGCCGUUUUCUGUCAGUGAUGCAUAUGGAGAAGCAUAUCUAUGAGUGAAUUAACACCAUGGCUAAUUCAAUUUUAAAUCCCCAAUUUGGGAAGGUGGCAGAGUGAGAGCAAGGUUGGGAGCUUGGUGACAGAUGAGCAAAUGCUGGGAAGCGUUGGUAGUUGCUGGAGUGAAGUGGUACCUGGAGAUUGCUCAUAGUCCUCUCGUCUGCUUCGGGGUGUGUUUGGAAUCUUCCAGCAUAAAGAGGGCUUUGGUUUUGAAAUGCAGAAGUGUGCUCCAGAAGGCCCACUCCCAGUUCUCCAGGAAACGCCAGGCCAGAAGGUUUGGUGGCCAGAGGUAAAUCUGGGGGCUCGCACCUCCUCCUCUGAUGCUUCGUCACAUGCUUCUCUUGCGGUCCUCCGACCGCUUGCCUCUGGUCCUUCUGCACAGUUCUUCUCGUCCUGUGGUCUGCUCUCUCCACCGCCUCACCUCCUCCAUCCUCAGAAAGGACCCCCGCUUUGCCUUCCAGCUGGCUUCCAAAAGAAAACACAAAAGGGUUCCACAAGAAAAUAACCACAGCCAUGUCUCCAGGGUGUGCGGUGGGACAGUUGGCCAUCCCAAGAUGCCCCGCCCUAGUCCUGGAACAUGCAAAAGGGACUUUGUGUCCCUUAAUAAAACAGGGAAGCUAGCACUUAGGACACAAGGGACAUUGCAGUGUGGUUAAAUCAGGACUUUUAGGUGUGGAGAUAGAGGGUCCUGGAUUAUCAGGCUGGGCCCCAUCUAAUCCCAGCUGUGCUUGACGGUGGAGAUGUUUCCCCUCAAGGGCAGGAGACAUGUAACUACUGACGGCUGUCACGGACCAGCAUUGCUGGCUUGAAGAUGCGGCGGGGACCCAGCCAGAGAAUGUGGGUGGCCUUUGGAAGCAGGGAAGGUCUCCCCUAAAGCCUCGGAAAGGAACUAGCCCUGCUGGCACUUUGCCUUUUGUCAAGUGGAGCCCUGUCAGACCCCUACACUGCAAAAAUGUAAGAUAAUAAAUGUGUGUUGCUUUAAGCCACAGAGUUUGUGCUACUUUGUUACAGCAGCAAUGGAAAACUAACACAGGAUGUGUUGACCUCAUUUUCUUUAGUGACUUGGAUUUCAGUGCCUCAUAACAUACUGGGCAAGUUAAUAUACUAUUAACUUGGAAGUAUGUCCACAAAUCUAGAAUACAGGGGCCCAACCCCAGAAGUCUUCCUCUGCAGGACUUCAUGUCUGAGCAUCCCACCUGGACGGACAGGGCCCCAUCCCGCACCAGCAGCCAGCCCUCCCCUGCCUCUGCCUGUCCUCACAACCGGGCCGCAGCUUUCGGAGAGGACUUCCUCUUCUACUGCAGUCGAAUGUAUGCUGCUGUGGACAGGGCCAGACAUGGUGCUGCUCCCACGGAACUCAGCCCUGCCCUUGGAGUCCGCUUCUUCAAGAUGAUUGGCAAGGCCCGUGGGUCUGCAUUUACACCACCUGCCCCAGCACAGCGGGCAGGCCGCACUGGAACCUCGAGCUGGGGAGAUGGGAGAGCCUCCUGCCUCGCCUGCCGGCAGCCCUCAGGCACCUGGGUGGAGAGAUCUGGUUAGGUCUAUUUUAUUAAAAGGUACCUUUUGAUAUCCUUUCAUAAAAAUGUUUUAGACUUUUUCAGUGUUUUGAUUUUAACAAACCAUAUCUUCUAAAACUUUUCCAUUUUGAAAAAUUUUUUCUUGGUCUUUUGUCUUUUUAGGGCUACCACCUAUGGCACA